AUAGAAACCAAAAAAACAACAACAGGACAACUCUCUGCAUUUCCAUGGCUUCUUACCAUUGACCUCCGGCACCGGGAACCUCCCUUUUCUCCCUCAAAACAACUGUUCAAUUUCCGAUCCGAGUUCGUCAAUGGCUGCUCCACCUUCAAGAGCUAGAGCCGAUUAUGAUUACCUCAUAAAGCUCCUGUUGAUCGGCGAUAGCGGUGUGGGUAAGAGUUGCCUCCUCUUGCGUUUCUCAGAUGGUUCUUUCACAACUAGUUUUAUCACCACCAUUGGUAUUGAUUUUAAAAUACGAACCAUUGAGCUUGACGGUAAACGGAUCAAGCUCCAAAUUUGGGACACAGCUGGUCAGGAGCGGUUCCGGACAAUUACAACUGCUUACUAUCGUGGAGCCAUGGGCAUCUUGCUGGUCUAUGAUGUCACUGAUGAAUCAUCCUUCAACAAUAUUAGAAAUUGGAUUCGCAACAUUGAACAGCAUGCAUCUGAUAAUGUCAAUAAGAUAUUGGUAGGAAACAAGGCAGACAUGGAUGGAAGCAAAAGGGCUGUGCCUACUGCCAAGGGACAAGCUCUUGCUGAUGAAUAUGGAAUGAAGUUUUUUGAAACCAGUGCAAAAACAAAUCUAAAUGUAGAAGAAGUUUUCUUUUCAAUAGCCAAGGACAUAAAGCAAAGACUUGCAGACACUGACUCAAAGGCUGAGCCCUCGACAAUCAAGAUUAAUCAAUCAAACCUGGCAGCUGGGGCUGAUCAAAGUGCACAAAAAUCAGCUUGCUGUGGUUCUUAAUGCAUGGUUGAAUCAUCUUCUGAGAUGGAACGUGAACUAUGAAAUCUGUCAAAAAGAAGCGAGAACAAGCAUCCGGGAGAUUGAUUGUUUUGACUGCAUAUCCAGUGAUUAUAAUUUUCUUAUCAUCAUUCAUUUCAGGCUUGUUUGCUGUCAGAUAUGUGUAUUCUUUUAUUAUUAUUAUUAUUAUUAAAGAAUUUUCUUUUUCUUGUGGCAGACUGUCAUGUAUUGAGAUAAUUUUUCCCCUUUACCACUCCUAAUGUCAAGACCUUAGUAGUUUGUGAUGGUUCAUUUACUAUGUACAAAAAUAUUAUUAUCAGCCUAAAAUGCCGUUUAAGAAUAACGUCUCCUGUUGCCUUUAAACACAAAAAAUAUAUGUACCUGCUCAGAAACUUUCCACAUCAUGUUAUUUUCUGUAGGGUUCCACAGCAUAAAUACAGAACAUGACAGACAAACUGCAAACUUUGACCGAUUUCAUUGGAUGCGUAAAACUUAAUCUUGUUUGAUGUCUCCGCCUAUACCGGACAAGCCAAAAUUCUCCCUUUUCUCACAAGAUACAUGAAAUCUUUCCAACGUAAUCUAUAGAAAUAAUAAUUCAUUGCACUACAAGGCAAUAUGUUCAGUACAGAUAACACCUACGCUACACAGAACACCUACAUACAUCAAGCUCUCCUCUUCAGCUGUUAGUCGCAAUUCUUUGUCUGCCCAAGGACUUCAUCUAAAUGAACACGCGGCGUACAACCCUUUUUUUUUUAACUUUGUCUUGAUGGGGGAGGGAGGAGGCCGGGUUUAAACAUCAAACCUGGCAAUACCAACCACGAGUCAGGUGACGCUACCACCUAUCCACUACCGUGCAUACAAUACAAACACUUGCAGAACUUCAUUUUCAAAGAUGGUGUUAACUACAGACCACAUUUUUUACCAGGAAAAAAAAAGGGGGCA